AUGGGAUUUACCCCAAAGAAGCGAAGUCGACGAAUCCGCGGAAAGUGUAAAGCAUUUCCUAAGGAUCGCCGGUCUCUGCCACCGCAUUUGACUGCCUUCUUGGGCUACAAGGCCGGCAUGACUCACAUUGUCCGCGAAGUCGAUCGACCGGGAUCAAAGGUCCACAAAAGGGAAAUUGUUGAACCGGUUACUAUCCUGGAGUGCCCACCCAUGGUUAUCGUGGGGUUGGUGGGCUAUGCCCCUACUGCCCGUGGACUCCGUACAUUCAAGACAGUCUGGGCAGAACACCUCACCGAAGAAUGUCGUCGUCGGUUUUACAAGGAUUGGUGUAAGUCCAAGAAGAAGGCCUUCACGAAAGCGUCGAAAAAAUGGGCUGACGAAGCUGGCUUACGGGAGAUCAAUCGUGACCUGAAGAAGGUGAAGAAGUAUUGCACAGUAGUGCGGGCUAUUGCACACACUCAAAUGCGAUUAAUGAAGCACCGCCAAAAGAAGGCCCAUAUUAUGGAGAUACAAGUCAAUGGUGGGACGGUGUCGCAAAAAGUAGACUGGAUUCGCCAGCACUUUGAGAAACAAAUACCGAUAAUGAACGUCUUUAGUCAAGAUGAAAUGAUUGAUGUAAUCGGUGUCACCAAGGGAAAGGGUUUCAAAGGUGUUACAUCUAGGUGGCACACGAAGAAAUUGCCCCGCAAAACACAUAAAGGCUUGCGUAAGGUUGCUUGCAUCGGCUCAUGGCACCCUGCCCGUGUUGGGUCCACUGUUGCCCGAGCGGGUCAGAAAGGAUAUUUCCACCGAACGGAGCUUAAUAAAAAGAUAUAUAGGAUCGGACUCGGUGUUCAGGCACAGCUGGAGGCCGCUAAGGCAGAAGCCGCAAAAGAAGAGUCGAAGGACAAAUCAGCUCUCAUCAAACCCAAAGGCAACGCAUCUACUGACUUUGAUCUAACAGCGAAGAACAUCACUCCCAUGGGUGGAUUUCCACACUACGGGGAGGUGCGCAACGACUAUGUUAUGAUAAAGGGUUGUUGCAUGGGCCCUAAGAAGCGUGUGAUUACACUCAGGAAGACUAUCUUGGCACAAGUGAAUCGUCGGUCAAAGGAGAAGAUUGUCCUCAAAUUCAUUGACACGUCCUCGAAAUUCGGUCAUGGUCGGUUCCAGACAAGAGCAGAAAAGAAGGCUGUUAUGGGACCAUUGAAGAAGGAUCACGAGCGCGAGAAGAUCAGUACAUAA